ACCGACAACCCCUGUUCAACAUAAUCAUUCGACAUUGUAUUUACAAACAUAAACAGUUAAAGGGUAAAAAACAAAGCAUCUGCAUGUGUUUGGCAUCGUACGCCGUCCUGCGUCGAGUGAUUCAUUUUGUUAAGCACCUAAAUUCUCCUGGUUUGUACGGCAGCAAUCGCUGCACUGGUCCCUUUACGUGCUUUGUUUAGGGUGCCUUUUACCACGGUACACAUCAUUACAGUAAUUGAAGCCCGCAUUGAAGCACGCACACACUUAUGGUUAGUGUGGCUACAACGAUUACAUACCGAGGAGAAACUUCUAACAUCGAAGACGAUACGGGUGCCCUUCACGUUUGCAACGACGGCCGACCGGGAAGUGGUAGCUGGUGGGUGUUUAUUUGUUAUCAGUAGCUACAAUCGUGCACAUAACGCACGGAACGCCGACAUCAUCUGUCCAGGGUGCAGCUUCCAGUCUUUGUUGCGAAUCGCACGAAACAUCACACACAGUGUUUGACCAGCUCCGUGGUAUCGAUGUAGUGAUGAUUGUGCGUAUACCAAUCAUCGAUCGAUGAAUAACAACCCGGGGGAAAGUGAACAGAAGUGAGCGACAAGCUGCGAGUGAGAUAACACCGGAAGCAGAGAAACGCAAAUGGUUAGGAUGGAUUUUGCAACAAAUGUAAGACCACUGCUCCAGGAUACCGACGACCGGGAGACGGAGAGUGAUGCAUUAAUUGACGACGUGUACGCCGGAUCGAUAAAUGCCUCCACCAGUAACAUUCCCGAUAGCGCUAAGGAGAAUGCGACCGAGACGCGAAUCAUUGCCGGUGGACAUCGGAUCGCACCAACCGAUAAGUUCAACUACACGUACGUCGUGUUCUAUCUCAUGGGCAUGACAACGAUGGUGCCAUGGAACUUUUUCGUCACGGCCGAAGAGUACUGGCAGUACAAGUUCCGGAACGUAUCGUCCAACGAUACGUCCGCGCUAACACCGCGCCAGUUAGAGUUUCAGUCGGAUUUAAGCAUUGCUGCGGCGGUGCCGGGAACAGUAUUUCUCAUACUGAAUGCCUGUAUUGGCCAUAAGGUUCCGCUACACGUCCGCAUGAACGGUUCGCUCGUCUUUAUGCUGCUGAUCAUGAUCGGUACGACGGCGCUAGUGCGGGUGGACACCGAUCAGUGGCAGGAUGCGUUCUUUAACCUUACGAUGCUAUCGGUCGUGGUGAUCAACAGUUUUUCAGCCAUUCUCACCGGAGGAUUGUUCGGUAUAGCGGGACAGUUUAGUGCGCACUACAUGACAGCCGCCGUGAGUGGACAGGCACUCGGUGGCAUUUUCUCAGCCGUGGCUGACAUUAUUGCACUUACCUUUGCCAGCAAUCCGUCCACGACUGCGUUCGUGUUCUUUAUUGUCGGUUGUCUCGUGUUGCUGCUAUCGCUUGUCGCAUACAUCGUCAUGUCGAAGACACUGUUUUUCAAGUACUACACCUGCUCGAAAACGUUGAUGAAAAGUUCACUUGAAGCGGAUCCUUCCACCAGAGAGAUGUGUGCCCGGUUAGAGCCCCGGUUUCCUAUCGUUAUGCGCAAAAUCUGGAUUUAUGGGUUCUCCGAGUGGCUGGUGUUCGUCACAACCCUUUCAAUCUAUCCCGCCGUAACGGUGCUGGUUGGUUCACAAAACCAUGGCCGACCGUGGAACGAUGUUUAUUUCCUACCCGUCGUGAACUAUCUUCUCUUCAACACGGGCGAUUAUUUGGGCCGUGUUUUUGCCGGACUCUUCGAAUGGCCGUGGAAUAAUUCCAUCCUGAUCGGUGUACUUACGAUCAGUCGGAUUGCGUUCGUACCGGCGAUGCUGCUGUGCAACAUAACGCAACAUCACAACUUUCCCGUCCUGAUCCACUCGGACUACAUGUUCAUCGUGCUGAUGGCCGCGUUUGCCUUGUCGAACGGAUAUCUUGCCAACAUUGCUCUCAUCGGUGCGCCGCGAGUUGUAGACGGGCACGAGAAGGAGAUGGCAUCGUCCAUGAUGGCCGCCUUUCUGGGUGUUGGACUGGCGUGCGGUUCUGCCAUUAGUUUAAUGAUCAUCGAAAUGAUCAAGUGAUACACAUUUUCCUUAGACCAAAUGAAACAUUGCAGUUAGUGACACAAGAGAGAAAGACAGACAGAUGGGCAGGCGCAGGGUCAUUCCUUUUGGAUGCACUCGGAUGGAAAUGGUACGUUCUGAUCUUCAUCACCACUUAGCUGUAGAAUGAACUGUUAUACACUAUUGUUAUACACCGUGGGUAAUAUUAAUGCAAGUUUAGUCUUGCUGCCCCUCAUUUGUUAGUUAAGCUCCGGAUCGUGAUCGUGAGCAGAGUUUAUGUAGUGACAAUUUUAUGAUUUUCAUCAUUUAACACAGCGCUAGCUGUUUGCGGAUGGCCACAAAAGUGGAUAAAGGACCGAGAAAGUUAACUAUACCAUUAUACACACAUCGAACUGUAAGAUACUUAUUUAUAUCAAUCAAUGUUCAGCCCAACGCCAGGGAAUCAUCCAGCGUGGCAGGCAUGGUGUGAAAGUAAAUCAAAAUAUAUAAAGUAAAGUAUAAUAUGAACAUAAUCAAUCUAGCAAGAAAAAACGUGAAAACAGAGCGUGCAAGCGUAACGCAAUAAAUGGUGCUCAAUAUGUAAUACUUACCAAACACGAAAA